GAAGGCAAAACCCUAAUAGAGCUUUAGCCGUUCGAGCUCUCUCCUCGAAAACCCUGACCCUAAUCUUGCCGGAAAUGGCGUUCACAGGGCGCAUGCGGGAGCUGAUGAAGAAGUACGGGAAGGUGGCGCUGGGCGUCCAUUUCUCCGUGUCCGCCGCCUCCAUCACCGGCCUCUACGUCGUCAUCAAGAACAACGUCGACGUCGAGUCCCUCUUCCAGAAGGUCGGCCUCCCCUCCGGCCUCCUCAACAAGGACCCCGCCGCCUCGUCCUCCGCUGGCGCCCCGUCCGGCGACCCCGCCGUCGUGUUGGACAGCUACGAUGCCCCUGCUCCACCGCCGCCACCGUCGCCGCCAGGAGAGGGGGAAGAGAAGAAGAGGAACAGGACGGCGGAGCUGGCGGCGUCGAGCGGUGGAGCGCUGGCACUGGCGAUCCUCUGCAACAAGGCUCUGUUUCCUGUGAGGGUUCCGAUCACCAUCGCCCUCACGCCGCCAAUCGCCAGAUUUCUGGCAAGGAGGAAGCUCGUCAAAACUCCAGUAUGAGCAUAGCUUCAUCUCUCUCUCUUGCUCUUGAUGUGUUUUUUUUCCUUUUCUGCCCCUAGAAUGGAUGAAUUGUUUGCCUGGUAUUGGGAAUUUAUGGUAUCAAUUUGGACCUAUGUUUUAUCCAAAUUAGUUCCCAAAGAUUGAAAAGAGAAUGGAAAAUUUGCUUCUUGGUAUGCU